AUGACCGAAAAUGGAAAUUUGUUUAACAAUCUUUGUGAAGCUGCAAUCAACGAGUUUCUCCAAGAUCCCGAGACAGUAAAACUCGCCGACAAUCCCUUCGUGCAGUUCGUGAGCCACAGAAAGGAGCAGAUUGAAAAAUGCAGAGACGAGGAGCACAACGACUCCAUUGAAGAGAUGCAACAAUGUAUUCGCGAGGUCGAACAAAAGUGGACAGGGAGCAAAGCUCAUCAUUUGCGGGAAAAGGUCAACCCAUUCGUCGAAAGCAUCACUGCCUUGACCAAGUCAUGCGAGAAUCUCCUUCAGCCUGCACCUUUUGGUGUCGCAAUCGCUGUUUCUGGGUUUCGAAUCGUCUUGGAACUUGCUACAAAAGCUCAUGGUGCCGUGGAAGAUAUACUCACUGUUCUGGAGGAGGUCUCUCCACUCUUGGACUGCUACAAGAUGACUGCCAUGUCACAGCAGACUUCUCCACAGAUAUCCAAGGCCAUCAAGAAGUCAUACAAGAAUAUCCUACAGUUUUGGGCCUACUCGGCUAGGGUGUUAUCCAAAAGCUACACAAGGGUCACUUUAUCUUCGGCGAUUAGACCCUUCAAGCAAGAAAUACAGACCUUCCGAGAGAAGUUCCGUGAAGACUCCAAACAGGUCAGCCAAUUGCUCAUUGCAAGUAUUGCGAUUGAGAGAGCCAGGGAAAAACAAGAGAGGACAAGAGAUGAAAUCUUAAGGUGGAUAAGAGGUGGCGAGAAAGCCGACUCAUUUGAUACAGACAAGGACUUGGAAUUGAGGAACAUGUGUCGCACAGAGGGCACCUGCACAUGGUUGUUUGAGAGACAAGAGUUCAAAGAUUGGAGAGACGCCAAGAAGAAUUCUGUUCUUUGGUACAAUGGGCCUCCCGGCUCUGGUAAAAGCGUUUUGGCAUCCGCUGUUAUCAACCACUUGCAAGGUCAGCCUGAGUCAGAAGUUGUUCAUUUCUUCUAUUCAUUCAGGGCGGCUUCCAAGCGGCAAGAGGCUUGUGGGCUACGAUCUAUCGCUCUGCAGCUUUUGAGCAAAGUUGAUGUGGCCUCGAACCCGUUAAAAGCCGAGUAUGAUAGGGCAAGGAAGACCUGCAAGCACGAGCUGACUAACAACGAUGGAGAGGUAAUGGUCAGACUUCUUCAUGCACUGUUGAAUCAUAGCCGCUUUUCCCAGGUUUAUGUGGUUUUGGAUGGGUUGGACGAAUGCUCCGUUCGAACUCAUGGCAAUCCUUUGUUCCACAGCUUGCAGCAGCUUCUCAACUUGGAUACGCUUGGGACGGUCAAAUGGUUCCUUACUAGCAGAGACGUUCCGGAGAUACGGUCCGUCAAAGACGCUUUCAAAGCCCUCGAAAUUAGGCCAAACCUCACGGACACUUCUAGAGACAUCCGUGCCUUUCUCGACGCCCAGAGGAUCUGCCCAACUCACGACGAGCCCUGGUUUGACACGGACGAACACAAUUUUCUCUAUGCAGCCCUGAUCUGUGAGAUUGCAAAGAACAAAGCCUACAGAACUAAACAAGGAACCAUCGAUGCCCUUCAAAGCUUCCCCAGAGGCUUGGAGGAUUGCUAUAUCAAGUCAUUAGCCAGAAUUGCAGGACUACCCUAUCACAAACAGGAUCUAGCCAAGCGAACCUUUCGAAUUCUCACACUGUCGGAAAAAGAACUUACGCUGCUGGAGCUUGUUGACGCCCUCCAAUCUUAUACCAAUCCUCGAAAUGAAGACAUCAAACCAAGGGAGGAUGCACUUCACGUUUACGAUAGAGUAAAGGAUGUCUGCAGCCCUUUGAUCACCAUGGACGACAUCAAUGGUUCUCAGAAGAUCUCCCUGUGUCACAAGUCAGUUAAGGACUUCUUUAUCGACCCAAAAAACAAGAAGAUAAUCGAGAAGUACCUGCCGGACUUCUUCAUCGAUGAGACCAAAGCGUUGGAGGAGCUCGGAGUUAGUUGCAUCGAGUAUCUCAGUGAGAAACGGUACCAAGAUCCAUCUGACCUGAAAGCGUUGGUCACAAAGUCGGAUUUAUCUUACAGCAAUGCUUUCCUUCGCUACGCCGCCGUCUUUUGGCAUAUGCAUAUGCAGGAUAUAACCCCAAGCCCCGAGACCCUGAAGAUUGUUGAAGACUUCCUCAAGAGCCCUGCAUUUUGGACUUGUAUCUACGUACAAAGUCAUGCAGCCCCCCAUCUUUUCGCACGCUACAAGCGGGAAACAACUCAUUACAAGCCGAUGCUGGGAACAAUACCUAACGCGGCUCUUCAAUUUGGACUUCCCCUGCCGCCAUGGAACGAGGAUUCUUCGUCAACUGAUUAUAUAUCGCUCGACCACUCAUUUUGUGCUUUUGUUCUGGAUUGGGGCGAACUUCUUACCAAGAACCCUGAUCAGCUUCAUCAUGCUGUUCCGCUCACUCUUUACAAGCCCAGCUGCCAUCUCAAAGCCCCUGACGGUCUUCAAAAGGUUCACAUCAAAUACAUUGCCAAGUUACUCGAAUUGACGGCCGAGAUGCGUGUAUUGGAGUCCUCGUUCUCUUCUACAGGUAAGAAGCGUGGUAAAACACUGCAGCUUCGGAUCAUUCGCGAGGACGGUUUGAUGCCCCAUCGCCGUGUCAAAGUGAAUCAAGUGGAUGUCUUCUCUCUGUCAAAGCAAAAUAGAGAGUUGGUCUUCGACUCAGCAGCCCCUGAUAGCGAAUGGAUCACCACAAUUGCCCGGGAUAGCAAGCGAGGCUCCUUUCUCCAGAGCUGGAAAGUGAACAAUCGUGAUCUGAGUAUCACUCGUUGCCUUCUGGACGGCAGUUUAGGAAGUCGAGUUGAUCAGGCCCCUCCCCACGUCUUCAGAUACCUGGAUUUGGGGCUCGAAGGCAAAGGUCAAUGGAAUCUGGUGCAGCUUGACGUCGUGACGCAACCAACUCGGAAAGACUCGGAUACGAUGACUCGGCUAUUCUAUUUUCGCAAGGGUCAAUGCCUAGUUCAUCACCAUGAGAGAGCAAAGUCACCAAAUAAUGUUAUCGCUAACCACUCAGAUUCCCAAGAUAGUAGUUCAGACUCCGAUGACGACUCUGGCUGGAGUUCUGACUCUGAUGAUGACUCUGAUUCAAGUGAUACGCAGAGCAAUAAUGGGGGGAGGCAUGGAGGCCAGGAAACCUCAGAUGUUCUGCAUGAAGAACGCAACGAGCCGAUGACAGAAUGUCUUAUCGUGGUAAAUGACUUUGGCAGACCCCUUUGGCGACCAAUCCAGACCGACCGCUUUUCGUGGUCCAGGAUAAUGAGCGCUCGUCAUCCGACAUUGCCUAUCGUGGCUGUCUCUUAUAAAUCUGGUGGAGUCGACCUACUCAACGACGAAACUAGCUCCAGCACAAGUUUAGAGAUCACUGAAGAGUGGCAAAACCAAGCAUCAAGGCCGAUGGCAAUGUCACGAGAGGUACAAUUUUCGCCGUGCGGGAAUUUUCUCACGCUUCUGUCUAUCAGAUUCUACCAGAAAGACGCCUGUGCGGAGUGUCAAGUUAUUGUGUCAUGUUUCGGGUUUGUUGAAACUGCUUCUGGUUACAGCCUUCAGUCUCGCAAGAAUGGCAUAUUGGCAAGCUUUAGGUACAGAUUUCUAGGAAACGUUGAUGAACUACCACGACCAUACAUAAUGACAAACUGGACAGCUGAACACGUUGUGCUGGCUCUACCACCAUUGACCUAUAGUCCGAAGAUCAUCAGAAUCUCGCUUUCGCCUCUCCAAGAUCAGGCCGGCACACCGAGAGACUCCCCACUGAGAACAUCGACACUCACGCAUUCUGUGUUCUUCCCACAAUCGACUACUUCCCGUGACCCUCAUAUUAUGUACGGCGAUGGAGGCCCACCCGAGAAAGAUAGUUACUUGUAUCUCGUCUUGGACACUCCAGAUCCAUCAUCGUCAUGUGCAGAAUCAACGCUACGCUGCGGACCUGGCCACUUCCGAGGACUGGAAUUUCGGGCAAGCGCCUGCGAUGACAAGAAGAGAGGGGUCAACGGUCCAGUGGUAAUGGGUUGGAAACUAUCAGGCACUGGCAAGGUCGGAAAAAUUGCAGACGGUGAAGGCGGUGGGGAUGCUCCUGGAGAAAAGCUUACGUGGCGAGAAUGGAGCAACGAAGAUGAGGUUUCGGAGGAUGUCAAAGCCAGUAGGUCAGAUACGGAUGAGUAUAUGCUGUUGCGUGGUGACUUCGUGGGAGAGACAUACUCUGUCCCUAUUCGAUCCGGACUGAACUGGACCAAAGAGGGCAUUCUUAGUUGUUGA